CUCUUUCCGUUCCUAGCGCAGCCAUGGUAAGGCAGGGGUACAGCGAGCUCUUGGGUUGCAUCGGCUUCCAUCCUCCCUGACCGAUGCUGCCCGGGUUAUCAGGGCUCCCGCGGUCGACUACAGGGUGGAGGCGAAAGCAGCUCUGCUGCAGGCUGGCAGAGAUGGGCUUGGCGGCAAGGGAGAAUACUGGUCUGAGCUAGGAUGGGAAGUCUGCCGCAGAGGGCAAGCAAGGCCUUGGGCUUAAUCACACAUCCCCUUGCCCAGGGAGAAAUGCUUUUCCACUUGGGGAAGAACUUCGAGGGCCCGGGAGUGCAGAUUGAAGCUUUGGGCAUGUGGGCGCAGGGUCUGCUUGAAGGAUUAGCUCUUACUUGUGCAUUUGUCUAUCUUUUGGCACGGACUUACUUUAUAUGUUGUGUAGCUGGCUCGUGGUCCCAAGAAACACCUGAAGCGUGUAGCUGCUCCAAAACAUUGGAUGCUGGAUAAGUUGACUGGCGUGUUUGCUCCUCGUCCAUCCACUGGUCCUCACAAGCUGAGGGAAUGCCUGCCUCUCAUCAUUUUCCUAAGGAACAGACUUAAGUAUGCCCUGACUGGAGAUGAAGUAAAAAAGAUUUGCAUGCAGCGAUUCAUUAAGAUUGAUGGGAAAGUCAGGACCGAUAUAACCUACCCUGCUGGGUUUAUGGAUGUCAUCAGCAUUGACAAGACCGGAGAGAACUUCCGUCUGAUCUAUGACACCAAGGGUCGCUUUGCUGUUCAUCGUAUUACACCGGAGGAGGCCAAGUACAAGUUGUGCAAAGUGAGAAAGAUCUUUGUAGGCACAAAAGGAAUCCCGCACCUGGUGACCCAUGAUGCUCGUACUAUUCGGUACCCUGAUCCCCUCAUCAAGGUGAACGACACCAUUCAGAUUGAUUUGGAGACAGGCAAAAUAACUGACUUCAUCAAGUUUGACACUGGGAACCUGUGUAUGGUGACUGGAGGUGCUAACUUGGGAAGAAUUGGUGUAAUCACCAACAGAGAGAGACAUCCCGGCUCUUUUGAUGUGGUUCAUGUGAAAGAUGCCAAUGGCAACAGCUUUGCCACUCGGCUGUCCAACAUUUUUGUUAUUGGCAAGGGUAACAAACCAUGGAUCUCUCUUCCCAGAGGAAAAGGAAUCCGCCUCACCAUUGCUGAAGAGAGAGACAAGAGGCUUGCGGCCAAACAGAGCAGUGGGUGAAAUGGUCUCUAGGAGACAUGCUGGAAAAGUGUUUGUACAAGCCUUUCUAGGCAACAUACAUGCUAGAUUAAACAGCAUGGUGAAACUA